AUGGCGUCCAUAUUCUCUGCUAGAACGUAUGUGAAGUUCUGUCAAGAGACAACGUUACAUGGCCUGAAGCAUACUGUUUCCGAGCAAUUUCACUGGGUGGAGAGGCUGCUAUGGUUCAUCGUGACGUGCGCAGCGUUCCUCGGUGCGGUGUACUGCGCGCUUCGGCAGCUGUCAAGAUACAACUCGGAGCCGGUGGUGGUGUCCCUGAGACGUGAUUAUCGCAGCUGGUGGACGGUAUUUCCGGCUGUCACAGCCUGCUUUCUGGAUCGAGUGCAGCGGGCGAAGGCGCAGGAUACGAUAGAAAUGUUGUGGAAUGUGACGAAAGAGUCAGACCCGCACCGCUACCAGUAUUAUCUGGGCUUCAUCGAGCUGGUCUCUGACGUGUCCUUCCGCACCAACUUGCAGAACUUCUGGAAAUAUCAGACCGACGAUUCAGUGAAGGGAGUGGACCUGCUGCAAUUAGCGCUGGACGUACACCCCACCUUCCCACUCAGGGUUAUGGUUUCCAAGCAGGAUAAGGAAGUCCAAUGGGUCCCCGUAAUGACCGAAAUGGGCAUGUGCAUGACCUUUAACUCGGAGUACGCGGUGUACCAGUUCCUCCUUCCCAAUGUGGACUGGUCUGUAGACCAGAUGCUCAAGUGUCACUACUUGAGCGGGCAGUGCUUCGUGAGGGUGGACUCUAUGAACAACGCUAUAAAGUAUUUUGUCCAUUCCCCAUUUGACAUACCCAACGCUCUGUCGAACCCUACCGGAGAAGUUAUGCCUGGUGAAGAAUUGGUCAUGGAUUUCAAGACCGUGGAAAUCCAAGCAGCUUCAGGAGUGAAGAAUCUCCGGCCGGAGCAGCGACGUUGUCGGUACCCGGACGAGUGGAUCAGCGACUCCAUCCGGGCAUACAGCUUCGGGCUUUGCCAGAUGCACUGCAGAAGCCGCAUGGCGAUCAUGUUUUGCGGAUGUCGACCGUUUUUCCAUAUUAAAGGAGUUUUACCGUUCGGACUGGACGUUGGUCUGCUCGGCAUAGGCGCGUACUAUUGUACGCGUUUAAAGAAGCCAGACCCUGUGAAUGUUAUGAGUAUAUUCGGUCCAGAACUUGGGUCUAAAGAGGCUGAAGCCAAUCCCGACCAAGUGGUGCAGUGCAUAGCUCAUAGAGGCGCAGGUUUGGACGCGCCAGAAAACACUUUGGAGGCAUUCAAAUAUUGUGUAGAACGAGAAUGCAACUUUGUGGAACUGGACGUCCGGACUCUGAAGGACGGGCAGCUGGUGCUGCUGCACGACCAGGGGCUGCAGCGGCUCUCCGAGUCCAGCAUCACGGACGUGACCACGCUCAGCUGGGAGGAUAUUAAGGAUAUCGAUGUUGGUGUCACACAUCCUAACCGGCAACGCUAUAAAGAAGUAAAACUGUGCUUGCUGGACGCGGCGCUGGACUACUUGCUGGAGCAGCGUGUACGCUGCAUCAUAGACGUGAAGGGCGACAACAAGGAGGUUGUAAAUGGCAUCAUUAAGACGUUCGAGACUCGGCCCGCGCUUUACAAGUCCGCUGCUGUCACUUGCUUCAAUCCUGCUACGCUUUAUCAGAUAAGGAAAAGGGACCCGAAGAUAGUAGGAGCCAUCAGCUACCGGCCAUACUGCUUUAGUGCGCAAGAUUUUGAUGCGGAACACGGCCCGACUAAUCCCAGAUUCGGCGACAACCUUCCCGUGCACGUAAUGCUCCGCUUCCUGGACCUGCUGCACUCACUGUUGUGGCGCUGGACGGCGCGCUGGUGUGGCGUCAGCGCAGUACUGCUACAUAAGGACACCGUCAGCCUAUGCGAAGUUCGCUACUGGCGUACGCUCGGCGUACGCCUGGCGGGCUGGAGCGUAAACCGGCCAGUCGAGAAGCUGUACUGGCGUUGCGUGCUCCGCGCGCCUUAUCUCGCCAAUACGCUCGCAGGCGAACGAGAAAGAGAGAAAGAACCACAGGUCGACACACAGAGCGCGGUGAAGACACAAAAGCAAGAUAAGGAAUUGGCCUAGAUUAACCGACGUGAUUAUUUUUGACAUAAUGUUAGAUGGGGUAAGCUAAAACGUUGGGACAAGAGAAACACUUAUAAAUAAUCCUCAUACUGUUUAUCUUGCCCUGAGCAGGGGGGUGUCACUACGCAGUUUAGGUACAUUUGGCCGGCGCGCCUCCCGGGCAGGCGUAUGGCAAUGGGCUGCCGCUCGACUCGCGCAAAAUUGAAAAUACAUAAUGCCUUCGAAACCUAAAUCUAUAGAUAUUGUUCUGUUUACGGAUGUCUGAAUAAACGGAAGAACAAGGAAGCAGAAAUAACUUUUUUUUUAAUUCCGGACUAUAUUGACCGACAUAUUUUCAAAGGAAUAAGUACUUCUGUGGCAUAACUACCUCCGUGAGAAAAAACUAUGUUUACAGAGUCAACGUUUGUAAUUCCUACAUGUUUAUCUUAAAAAUAAUAAAUCAGUAGGUAUAGGUACAAAAACUUGUCAAGUGACAACCCCGUGCCGACACUCGCAACUCGGUCAUAAAACUGCGGCGCGCAAAGAAGAUUCACGGUUCGUGCGCGGUUAUAAGUUUCAAUUUUGCUUGCAGGCGGCGAGUGUAGGUAUAAUUUUAUACCUAAAUCUGACUUUUGUAAAGGAGUGAAAUUUCUGUACGGUAGUACUAUUAGUUAUUCUGUGCCCUGAGCAAAAUAAACUAUGCUUCUCUUACCCCACAUAACUUAAUAUUUUUUUACUGAGGUACAGUCGCGUUUAGGAUAUAUCGGAGCGGCCAUGGUGUUCACAAUACCUGAACACGCACUAUCGCCUUGACAAUGAGGGCUAUCGUUUUCGUGCUCACCAGUUGGCGCCACUGUAGAUGUAGGUCCAGAAAAACAGAUCUCAAAAUUCUUCUAUGCUUAUUUUUAUAAAAUCAAUACGUUUAAAUAUACACAAAAGUAUUUUAACGUCUAAAUGUGCCAUUUUUUCAUCCUGUUUAAUUUUGCAUAUAUUAUAGUUGGCACUUGUAGUGGUUUUUAAACCAAUAACAUUUAUUGAGCUAUAUCUAUUGUUUACCAUGAUUACACAAAAAUGGACCAAGAUUUACCACAAUUAUGAAUAAGGAGUGAAAAUUCCCGAUAAAAAAGCUUGAAACCCCCAAAGCUUCUAUGCAUCUGACUUUGAAAGACCUCCAUCUACACUAGCGCCCCUAGCGGCGAAAUUAAACGCAGUAGCCCUCAUAGAGGCGUGUUCAGAUAUUUGUGAGCGCCUUGGCCGCUCCGAUAUGUCUGAUGGCGACUGUAGAGUUAAAUAAUUUAAUUUUCUACCGAUUUUGUACUUUGUCACAGUGACAAUAGUAUGAGGUAUCUAGCGACUUUCAUAUUGAUUGUUACUGUGACAAGGUAUUAAAUGGGUCGGAAACUAAAUUUUUUCCUAAUGAAAAUUAAAGUAUUCUUUAAUAGACAAUUAUUUUGUUAAAAUAAUAAAAGGCACCUACGCUUUUAUAUGCACAUAUUUAAAAUAAUGAAUAUACCGAUUUUAACCGUUAUUGUGAUGGCGCCAAAUAUACGUUUGCAAACGAAAUUAUAUUUUUUUAAUUAAUAACUUUAAUACCAAUAAUACGAGUUAAUUGUAUUCGAAAGCAGUAUUAUUGGGAAAAUACUAUUAAUUUUAACGCCACGGCGCCAUGAUUUUGUAGGAUUAUUAAUUAUUUCAAUUUUUUAAUUUCACUUUCCAUCAGGUGUGACUAGGGCCAAUCGCCGAUCAGUUCAUAAUAAAAAAAAUAAAAAAAAGAUACAUUAGAAACCUCACAAUUUCAGAACAACUAGUGAUACUCAGUUAAUAAUAAAUUAUUAUUUUUAAUUGUAAAAUAAAUAAUUUAUUAAAAAAAUAACAAUACAUUUGUUAAAAACGAACAUCUAUAAAAUAAAACUAAAUUAAAACUAAAAACUAAAACUAAAUAAAACUAAAAUAUAUCUUGAAAAUGUGGCCCCUUUGGCAUGGUGCCGAGGAUGCUGGCAGCAUUUCCCCGCUGUAUUGCGAUGCUAAUACGUUGCGCGAGAACACUGCCAGCUCUUAUUUUUAAUUAUUUAUUUAAUUUACGUACAUAAUACCAAAUGGACUAAAUAGCAAUAUUAUUAUAGCUUUAUACAAAUUAAUAUAUAAAAUAGAUUUUAUUAUAAACUAAGCUUUUUCACUAUACCCUGUAUUCCACUGCCAAUGUUGUGAUAUUAUUUUAGCCUUUUUAACCAAUUUUUAACAUAAAUAAAUGUCAUAUACGAAGAAAAGUGACCAAUGCCUCCAGUGACCAGGGCUGGAAUCGAACUACCCAGGUAGCAAAGUGACGUCAGUGACGUCAUAAUGACGCAAUUAUGGCGUCAUAAUGACGCAAUUAUGGCGUCAUAAUGACGCAAUUAUGGCGUCAUAAUGACGUAAUUAUGCCGUCAUAAUGACGUAAAAAUGCUGUUAGGGUAGCGUCCUCUGCUAUCACGGCAGGUGCCUGAGCCCCUCUGCUAUCUUGGCCACGCGACAUGGGUCGAAUUUUUCCUAGUAUAUGCCUUUGAUCUGUUGAUCGCCACUUUUAGUACAACAAGCAAGCCACAAGCAAUAGUAAACUUUAUUGAUAAUGUAUUAAGGUUCAUUUAAAUCAUAAAAAACUCGAGUUGCGAAUUACCUAUUUGCACAUGUAUCGUACGUUUGACAGUACAUAUGGCCCUUUAAAUUUUCGACAUAUUUACGUAAUGUGCUAAUUAUCGCACUAGUGCGGUAAAGUAGCACCAUAUAUACUGUAAAACAUUUUAUUAAUAGCUUUUAAACUUGCUUAAAACUUGAUACUUUGUUCAAAUACAAUAGUAAAUGUGGUAUUUUCUAUAAAAAGGGACCUUAUUGUCGAUGGCGCUUACGCCAUUAUUAACGAUGCUCUGAUAUAAAUACAUAUCGCCACCGACAAUUGUAUUGUAUUGUAUUCAUUUAAUUCAAGCAACAUGGCUCAUAAAAGCUUUGAAACAUAAAGAUCUAUUAAAAUUAAAAUACAAACUUAAAAAUUAAAAUAUGUAUUAAUAAGGUCCCUUUUCAUAGAAAAUGCCCCAUAUGGUGGAAAUAUUCGCUGUAUUGUGUACGGUCUUGGUAGCUCAGAUGGCAGCGCACUGGGCUAGCGAUUCAAUGGUCGUGGGUUCAAGACCCACUCAAAACAGUGAAUUUUUCCACUUUUGAUUUGUUUCUAAGCUUGAUAUUGUUAACCCUUAAAUGCAUAUAAAAGAUUCAACAGAAAAAAGCUUAAAUGUGCCAUUUUCAACCAAAAGGGUACUUAUUGUCGCUUGUCAGUAAGGCGCUAUUUCCAUAUAGCUUCAAUUACAAAUCAACCUUAUCGACAAGCGACAAUGUGGUACCUUUUGAUUGAAAAUGUCACAAAUAAUUAGAUAAAAACAUUUUUUCCAACCAGAAAUAAUAAAUCAUGCACUUUGCGUAUUUAUUUCUACGUGUUGGUUGAUUUAUUUUAUAGACAUAGUUUUAUAUUUAUUUUACGUUUUUUAUAAAACGCAAUGAAGUAUUAUUAUACCAAAUAUAGGUA